AUGUUCACGACCGGUGGAAGCGUCGAGAUUUGGACUUCGCACGAUCUACUCGACUUUUACAACUACGAAAAGCACGUUUUAUGGGUCCCGCCCCCUGACCAGCCCUUUUCCGCCGACAUAUGGGCACCAGAAUUCCACGCAAUCUACGGCCGCUGGUACGCGUACUUCGCCGCUGGCGAUCCAAAGCAUGGCAACAAAUCCCACCGGAUGUGGGUGCUGGAAGGGCCUCCCUCGACAGAACCGCCCACUUCAGGCAAGUGGCAGAUGGCCGGCCCGAUUAAAGGCAUGGACAGUCGCCAAUGGGCUAUCGACGGUACAGUCAUCACCCUAGACAAUGCUCUGUACUUUGUAUAUAGUGGCUGGCCCGUUGACCGCCCUGGAUGCGAGAAUCAGCAGGAGCUCUGGAUCAUAAGACUCGACAUGCCCACGCAAGCUUCGAGCGCGCCAGUGAGAAUAUGCCAGCCGCACAAAAACUGGGAGUGUUCAGGCUCGUCAGGCAUCAAUGAAGGGCCGCAGUGGUUGGAGUCGCCAGAUGGUAACUGGAAGGCAAUUGUGUACUCGUGUGCAGGGAGUUGGACAAAGGAGUAUAAGAUGAAUGUGCUGCAGUACAUGGGUGGAGAUCCCCUUGAUCCUAGAAGUUGGAGGAAGGGACGGCCGCUCCUGCAGAAUAGUAGGGACGGAAAAGGUCCAUUUGGGCCCGGACAUGGCACGUUUGUGAACUACAGAGGUGAGACGGUUGCUGUGUUCCAUGCAACGGACAAUGCGAGCGAUGGCUGGGCCAAUCGCAAGGCGAGAGUUCAGAGAGUGAGAUGGACGGCAAACGGUCCUGAUAUGGGCGGCGUCGUGGGAACUCUAGUUGAUGAGAAAGAACGAUGGUUGAUUCCGCACCAAAGCUGA